UUCCCCUGCAAGCGGCCUAAGCUCUUCUCCACCGCUUCCACCUCCUCACCGGCCAAGAACCACAACAUGGUCCAUCCCGCCCGAUUGCCCCCAACCACCAGCCCCCUCCGCAACUCCCCCAGGGCAUCGCAGGAAAAAUCCUCCCCCCGUUCCCUCGCCGAUCCCAUCCUCCCCUGGCUUCGGUCCAUCCGCAAGGCUUUCGAUGAUUUCAGAAGAGAUCCCGAUGGCAACGCCGCCGCUCAUUUCAAGAAUCUCGUGGAAGACUGCCUCAACAAUUUCGCGGAUGACGAGCGCUACCGCAACGACAUCAGAUUCCUCAAGAUCUGGAUCAUCUAUGGUGACACGAUUCAAGAUUUCAAAAGGGUCUUCGAGAUGCUGGAGGUGAAAGGAAUCUGCCAAGGCCACUCUCUGCUCUACGAGUCGUAUGCGUUGUUUCAUUGUCACAAAGGGAAUUUGCUGGCGGCCCACGAUGUUUGUCAUCUCGGCCUCUCCAGGAUUGCUGAACCGCUAGAUAGGCUCAAGAAGAUGCACAACUUGUUCUUGGGAAUUAAUCAGAAUGCCAGAACCGAUCCCAAGAUUGACGUGACCGGAUUUUCAAGGCAGGAGCCGAAUUAUGUAGACCCAUGGUCAGAUUCUACCAUAAGCAACCUCCUGAAAAAGAUGGAUUCAGACAUCAAAAAGUAUAAUGGUUAUUAUCGGAGCAGUAAGGUCUAUUCAGGGAAAGUAUCCCUGACUUCUCUACAGAAUUCUUCAAGAAAUAAGAUUGUUGAGCUAGGUAACAGUAAAUACCAGAUUAGGGGCUGUUCAGGCCUGGGUGGAUUUGCUAAAGUAUAUAAAGCUUUUAUUGACAGCAAUCCUGAUGAUGUAGUUGCACUAAAGAUUCAAAAGCCUGCAUUUCCUUGGGAAUUCUACAUGUAUCGCCAACUUGAUAGGCGCAUCUCUGAUGUUGAGAGGCCAUGCUUUGGAUUUGCUCAUAAAGUGCAUAUCUUUUCUGACUUGAGCGUUCUAGUUUGUGACUACUUAUCUCACGGAACCCUUCAGGAUGCUAUCAAUUCCCAUCUGGUAAUGCAGAAGGCUAUGGAAGAAGUACUGUGCAUUUAUUACACGAUAGAGUUGCUGCGUAUGCUUGAAAUUUUGCAUAGUGUUGGCAUAAUUCAUGGCGAUUUCAAGCCAGAUAAUCUUCUUGUUCGGUACGCAAGGUAAUACCUAUUAUUAGAUGGAUAAUCUCUCUCUCACCCCCUCUCCCCCUCUAUAUACACAUGCAACACGCACUCUCUUCCGUUUCAAAGGAAACAUUUGUGUAACCCAUGAAAGUAGUACAGUAGCAGCAUUUUCAACUAUGUUGCUUCACCUGUUUUAACCUACAUGUGUUAUCACAAAUGAAUGCAUUGUAAAUAGCAGAUGUCAAUGACAGUUUUUCCUCUUUUUAUCUGACACUACACUCCUGCUUUGUGGUAGUGGCGUAUGUUUCUGCAAUAGCCAAAUUAAGUCUUUGAUAGGAGUUUCAAUUGAAGCAUGGAUUAUAGUAUAUUCUUUUCUUUUCUCUUUUCAUGAUAACUAGUCUCCUAGUUAUUUGGAAGAGAAAUUGUUGUUUGACUUUUCAUCAAAAGCUUGAAAUUUCAUGCUAACCGAUUGGUUCCUUCCAGAAAGUGAAUGUUUUUUUUCUUUUAUUACAUUGUUAUUAAAGUUUCCGGAAUAAUUUAAAAUGAAUAGUCUCCUCCUCCUUUUGUUUUUUUUUACUUAUCUCUAAAGCUUGAACUUUAAUAAUUUCUCCCUUGGAGUUUCAUUGAGCGUCAAAUUCUAACAUCUUAGUUUGCCAACUUU